AUGGACAACAGAAUUGCCGACGGCGGCGGAGAACAGCUGAAGACUUUCGAAGAAGCUGAUGCGGUUACUGUGAUCGAUCUCGGCAAUCAGAAACCAUUCAUGUCCACUUCUCCUCCUCCGUCACCGUCAAUUUCUUCGUCCUCUAUCUCCUCCACACCGGCGAGUGUCCUCGCCGUUUCAUCAUCUGAACAGAUGAUUGAUUCGUCGAAGUCGACUUAUGAUCAAAUUUCUCCAUCUAACGGUGAGGAGGAGGAGGAUGAGGAUGAGUUUGAGUGGGUGGCUGUAGAAAGAGAGGCUACUGAUGUAUUUACGGAUAAAGCUCCGGAAUUUGACGAAGUUGAGGAUGCUUUCUCUGCACUUCAACUGAUGUUCCAUGAUGAUGAUGAUGAUAAAUCAGAAGACCAAGUUUCAGAUUUGGAGUUUGUAGAUUGGAUUGAGCCUCCAUUGCAGCUCUGCAAUACUAGACUUCUGCAGCCUUAUAUGCUGGACAGAUUCUACGACGCCUUUCAUCUCUUUCAGACCGAUCCAUCAGUUCAGAGAAUGGUUCUGUCACUGGCUUCAGACAGGGCAGUUUGGGAUGCGGUGAUGAACAAUGAGGUCGUGCGGGAGCUCAUAACCAACGUUGACAGAUCAAAAGAGGACUCUGGUUCGACCGCGAACUUCAUAAGGAGGUUGUUCGAGAGAAGUGCCAUCAAACUCAUGGACGCAAUGGAGAGAGUCACAAAGUACGUCACUGACCUCUUCAGUGUUGAUGUUCCUGGAGAUGAGACGGUUGUGUUAGCCACAGGCGCUGCGCCGGUGAUGGAGAAGCUACAAUUGACGGUUCUGCUCACCGUCCUUAUCCUGCUUAUCGUGCUAGUAACUCGAGUCACGAGAGCUAGAUAG